UGGCUUGUGUCGCACCAAAGGAAGCAGCACAGCAACUGCGCUCUGCUCACAAAAGACAUAUUUUGGUGGGGCAAACAUCCGCUCUUUGCUUCACUCAAUCACUUCUCCGCCAACGGUCACAUCGCGACCAAAGGGCGGGCAGGCUGUGCAAGUGCAUAUACAGUUGUGGCCAUGCUCAACACUCAAUCUCAAAAAGCUACCCCUAUCGAGGAAUAAUCUUUGACAGACUUUGAUGUCUGAUGGCACAAGUCAAUUGUUGUCGUUCUGCUACUUAAUCGCGCGCGGCGCGCACCCACAGACCCAAGUCCGUCAACCAUCCCAACCAAGUACAGCAACCAACCGCAAUCGCGAAGCCAUGGUCAUACCGCUAGGGCGGCUUUGGCGGGGCUGAAGACGGCUCGCUGGCCGUUGGGUUAUGUUAGGUACACUUUUGCCUAGGAAUAUUCCGCUGGGUCGCGUCCAACCAAGGGAGCGUGAUCCGCUUCACCGUUGGCGACUUUUCAACAGCCAACACCCACACCAGAUUUGAUCGUGCAUAGUAGCUCGAGGCCAUAUUCUCUUGAAUCGAGAUACAGUCCGGAGCCCACAUUGCCAUCAACCGGGUCCGUCUUGGUCCAUCCGGUUGGUUCCCAAGAUCUUCAAAAACCGAACUGCAACCGGUUACGUUACGAUUGACGCACAAACAGGCCGCCAAAAACAACACACCAGAUUGGUGUACCUUUGACAGCAAUGCGGCGGUCCAACUCGUCCAAUAUUGGCCGACUGCUCCUCAACGGCAAAUACUCGGACCUGCUGCUUAGAUGCAACGGCAUUGAGCUGAGAGCCCAUCGCGCCAUCGUCUGCACUCAAUCGGCAUGGUUCGACCGAGCCUGCAGCGGCGCAUUUCAGGACGAGUAUGAGCGCAUCAUCGACUUCCCCGAUGAGCGACCCGAAAUUCUGUACAAGGUCCUAGAGUUCCUGUACACGGAAGACGUCAAAGACGUCGACUUUUUCGACAAUGGCCAGAUCAUCACCCGAGGUCCCUCCAACUCAUCCACCUCUUCAUCUUCCAACCGUUCCAUCGCCGGCGGCGGCGGCGGUCUAGGUUUCCAGCUGGCCAUUGCUGGCCUCCCGCCGGACGAGCACGAUCAUUCGUACUCGCCCCAGUACCAUAACAACCAGCCCCUCCGCCGCCACCACUCUGUCCUGACAACCCGGCGGCCAUCUACAUGGACCCCGUCUCCUGUCACACCUUCGUUCGUCCCGCCCACAUACACCCCCUCACCACCACCAGCCGUCAGCCCGAUGCCAGCUACGGCGACGACGACGACGACGACAACGACGACGACCGGCGCGUUCUUGACCUCGCCGUGGAACGAGUGGGCGCACCUGCAGCAGUCUGGAGCGGGCAGCGACGGCAACGUUGCCGCGGCGGAGGAUGAGGGCCAGGACGCCGUGGCCACCCUGUACACGUACCUCCGGCUUUACGUCGCCGCGGGGAGAUAUACAAUCCCGCAGCUGGGUGGACUGGCUCUGGACCGCUUCUCCCGGAUCGUCAGAGGUCACUGGAUGACAGUCGCCUACUGGGCAUCGGAUCAUCGGACAAGAGACUUGCUGGCGGAGCUCUUCGACACGACGGUGGAGUGGCCGGGGGACAAGCUGAGAAAGCUGGUUUAUGAGCUCGUGGCAGGGUGUUAUAGGGAUUGUAGAGGGAACUUGAGGGAUGUCAUGCUCAGGUUUCCCGAGUUCGCCGUCGCAGUCUUGGAUCGGCUGGCUGGGUUUGAGGAUGGGGACGAUGACCGACAUGGGAUAGAGGAUAUGAGGCGGCUCACGUUUCUGCCUCCUUGACUAUCCAGCUUCUAUUUGAUCAGGCAUAUUACCAAGAUAUUAUUCUCAUUUGCGUGAGUUUCGGUCAAUCUGGCCUUAUCGACAGUUUUGGUGCAUUCGAACCCACGCCUGGUGAUUCAGGGGUACCCAGGCCUCCAAGAUUGUGUGAUGUUGAUCUUGUCAUACAGGUGGGCGGGUGUAGGCCACCGAGUUGGGAAAUCUGCCCCCAAGUCCCAUAGGUGUGCUGGCGACAAAAAGUCUGGAGCGCAAAAUAGACGACUUCAAAACACAUCCGAUCUUGACAGCAGCUGCUUCGUCAAGUAGCUUUUUCGUCAAGAAAAAGCAUAUGGAGCACAGCCAGUAUUGUAGAAACUUAAUGGUGCAAGUUGCAUAGUACCCUAACCCUGCGAUGUUGAGAUGGAGCCUGGGUCUCGGCCUCGGCAUAUAUAUUGAGAUGAUGCGGGGAACCCUGCCGUCACUGGUCGGCAUAUUUGUUCCAUCAAGUUGAGGUCGGUGAAUGACUG